AUGACUCCUUUCAAGUUUGGUAAGAAGAACAAAGCUAAGGACAAAAGAAGUUCCAAGGAACAACAAGCUGGUCUUAAUGAUUCUGCUUUUUCAUCUCCUGUUUCAAAUAAAGGUGAAGAUUCUCCAACUUUUUCAAAUUAUUCAAAUCAUUCAAAUAUAAGGAAUAAUAAUGAUCAGGGGAAUCAAGGUAAUCAAGGGAACCAAUUCAAUUCUCCUCAACAGUUUAACAAUUCUCCUGCUCAACAAAACCCACAAUUUAAAGAUCAAGGUGUUGGGAUAGUUUAUGAUCAAAAUAAUAAUUAUCAUACUAAAUCACCUCAAAAAUUUAAUCAAUUUGGUCAACCUCCAACUAAUCCAAAUACUCCAAGAUCAUUACCUUUCAAUCAAUCUCCACAACAAGGUCAAGGUCUACAAGGUGGUCAACAAGGUCAAUUCAAAAAUCAACCUCAUCCUCAAUAUGGUCAACCUUUACCUCCAAAUGCAAUUCAACAACAACAACAAGGUGGUCCACAAGGUCAAGGUCAACCACCUCAACGUGCUACAUUCAAAUCACCAUGGACAAGAUCAAAAUUAUUAAUCUCUCCAUUCCCUCGUUAUAGACAUACCGCAUCAAAUUAUUCAAAUGAAAAAGGUGAAAUUUUCAUAAUGGGUGGGUUACAUAACACUAGUGUUUAUGGUGAUACAUGGAUUCUUAAACCAGACUCUUUAGAUGGUGAACCAAAAAAUUUCCAAUCAUUCCAAAUUGAUAUAUUUGAUAAUUCUCCUGCUCCAAGAGUUGGUCAUGCUUCUACACUAUGUGGUAAUGCAUAUGUUAUAUUUGGUGGUGAUACCGUUACAAAUGAAUUUGGUGAAAUUGAUAAUGAUUUAUAUCUGUUCAAUAUGAAUUCUCAUGCUUGGACUAUCCCAUCUCCUGUGGGGAAAAGACCUUCAGGUAGAUAUGGUCAUUCAAUUGGUGUUAUUGCUAUAACAAAUUUUGAUUCAAAAGUUUAUUUGUACGGUGGUCAAUUAGAUGAUGUUAUUUUUAAUGAUUUAUGUGUUUUCAAUUUAUCAAGUUUUAGAAGACCUGAUGUUCAUUGGGAAUGGAUUAACCCUAAAGAUAAUAUUCGUCCUCCUCCUUUAACUAAUCAUUCUAUGGAUGUUUAUGAUAAUAAAUUAUGGAUAUUUGGUGGUUCAAAUGGUAAGAAAUUAAAUAAUGAAAUUUGGUGUUUUGAUCCAGAAUUAGAAAGAUGGGAUCAAAUUAAAACUUUAGGACAAUUACCAAAACCUGUUGAAGAACAUGCUUCAGUUAUUUAUAAAGAUUUACUUAUAAUUUAUGGUGGUAAAGAUUCUCAAGGUGAAGCUGUUUCAGAUUUAUUCUUUUUGAAUUUAAUCACCAAAACUUGGUUUAAAUUCCCAACAAAUUUCCCAUUGGAACCACAAGGUAAAUAUGGUCAUACUUUAUCAAUCCUCAAGAAUGAUAAAUUAUUAAUCCUUGGUGGUCAUUUACCAGAUUAUUCCAACUUGGGUGAUAAUUUAGAAGUUUCAAAUAUUGAUAAUGGAGUAGGAACAAUUUUAAAUUUAUUAGACCUAUCAAACCUAGUUAAAUUAGUCCCAGGAUUACAACAAUAUUCAACGCCAAAUAAAAUCCAAGAUUCAAGAUUCCCAAAUCAACAUCAAGGUCAUCAAGGACAACAACAAGGAAAUUUAUUUACACCACAAAAAACUCCACAAGGUCAAAUUGAUUCUCCAAUUCAAUCAAAAUCUCCACAACAAUUACCUCAAGGUCAAGGUCAAAGUCAAGGUCAAGGUAAUCCACAACAAGUACAAACCAGAGGAUUUUCAAAUUCAAGUGGAAAUUAUGGUCAAGGUGGUCAAGGUCCAAAUAGUGCAAAUUCAAAUGGUCCAAGUAGAUCAAUUCCAAAUGUUGGAGAUGGAACAGGUGCUGCAGUAGGGGCAGGUAUUGGGGCAGUUGGUUCAGCAGUUGGAUAUGGUUCUCAAAAUGUUUCCAAAAAUUCAUUAGGUUCAAAUCAAGGUCCUCAAGGUUUAUCACAAGGUCCAGGUACUCAAGGCCCACAAGAUUUAUCGCGUCAAUUCUCAGCAGAAGAUGUAUUCCAAAGAGAAAGAAGAAACUUAACACCAAAGAAUUUAUCCCAAACUCCAGAAAAACCAUUAAAUAAUAACCUAAACGUUCCAAGUACAGGUCAAGUUUUUUCAUCACCUGAAGAAGGUGAAUUACCAUUACAAAUCCCAUCACCAAUCAAAACUGAAAAUGAAAUUCCAGGUUCUUUCCCAACUAAUAUUUCAUCAGGUCAAUCAGGUCCAGAAUCACAAGAAGGGAAAUUUUAUCAAGAUGAUUUUAAAACUCCACAAGGUUCACCUUCCAAGACUAGUUUAGUUCCUGGAGAACAUGGACAAACUGAAGAACUUGUAGAAGAUGAUGAAGUUGAAGAUGCAGAUGAAUAUUUAAGACCUCAUAUAUAUAAAAAUGAUGAUGCUAAACAAUCAGAUUUUUUGGAUUCUUAUGUUGAUGGAAAUUCAACAAGUGAUUUAGUUGAAAAAGGUGAUGAUGAAGAAGUUGGUACUGUUGGUACUACUGGUUCAGGUGUUGGUAUAGGUAUUGCUGGUGCUACUGCAGGUAUUGCAGCUGUUGGAGGAGUUGCAGCUGUUGGUAACUUAGGUUCAAGUUCUUCAGCUUUAAAGAGUCCUGAAGUAAAAGAUCAAUUAAAAUCAACUAGUGAUGUUGUUUUAAAUCCAAGUGAUGAAUUAGGAUCAAGAGGGAUUGAUGUUAAGAAUCGUGAUGUUAAUCCAAGUACAUCAAGUGGUACUGGUGUCACUGGUACUGGGAUUAAAGGAGUCUCUGGUAAUAGAGAUUUUAGUACAGCAAGUGUAUCAAGUUUUGGAAAUCAAGAUCGUGAAGAAUUUAAAAAAAUUAUUAAUUCAUUAUCAAAAGAAUUGGAUUCUUUGAAAUCAUCUACAAAUAAACAAGUUAAAGAAGCUAGUUCAAAAGUUAAAGAAUUGGAAUUGGAGAAUGAUGAAUUAAAGAAAAAAUUGAAUUCUGGUGUUGGUUCUACUGGUGUCGUUGGUGGUGGCUCUACUGGUACUAGAGAAUUAAGUACUGAAGGUACCAAAGAUUUACAAGAUGAAGAUGAAAAUAGUUAUAAAAGAAAACAUAUUAAAUUAAAUACAGAUUAUCAAAUCUUGAAUCAAAAACAUCAACAAUUACAAUCAAAACAUGAAGAAAUUGAAUCAAUCUUUGAAUCAAAUUUAAUUGAUUUAUCAAAGUUAAAUAAUAUUAUUAAAAAACAAGGUGAAACUUUAGAAGAAACUCAAAAAUCUUUACAAGAUCAAGAAGAUUGGAAAUUAAAAUAUGAUGAAUUAGAAUCUAAAUUUGAAGCUUUGAAUAAAAGAUUUGAUGAAUUAAGUGAAUCAAGAAGUAAAGGAUUUAAUGAAACUAAUCAAGAAGUUAAAAAUUUGAAUUUAGGUCUUGAUUCAUUCUUGAGUAAAUAUUUGAAAUCCAAUGAUGGAAGUGAAUCUACUGAAGGUACAAGAGGAUUAAAAUCAAGUACUGGAAAUAUCGGUGAUUCAGAUGAAGUUACAACAAGUUUGAAAAAUCAAAUUGAUGAAUUAUUAAAAGAAAAUGAAGAUAUUCAUACACAACAUAAAUCAUUAACAAAUAAAUUAUCAUCAUUUGAAUCUAAUCAAGAAGAAUUAGAAUCUCUAAGAUUAAAAAUUUCAGAAUUAUCCAAGAUUGAAGAAAAUUAUAAAGAUUCUUUACAUUCAGUUAAAAAUUCAUCAAGAGCUUUACAAGUUUCACAAAAUGAAUUAAAUAAACAAAAAGAAUUAACAACUAAAUUACAACAAGAAUUAGAUGAAUUGAAAAUCUUUAGAGCAAAUAGAAAAUCCUCAAGAAAUACAACACCAAUUGUUAAUGAUUUUGCUAAAAAAGAUUUACCAAAAGGUACAACAGGUACUACAACUGAUGAAGAUGAAGAAGAUUUUGAAAAUGCUCAUUUUAAUUUAAAAUUAAGAGAUUUACAAGCUGAAUUAUUCAUUACAAAGCAAGAACGUGAUGAAUUAAAACAAGAUGUUUUAGAUUUAAAGAAAAAGUUAUUAAAUUCUUCAACUCCAACUGGAUCUUUUUAG